AUGCUAUCCAAGUCGCAAGUUUCAUCCUUAGAACAAGAUCGAUCCUUCGUUCGUGGAGUGGCGAAACAGCGGCAGCGGUUUACGCCUUGGCUGGAGCAGCAGAUCGAAAGUGGAGAUAUCGAUGGCUUAGAGUGGAUCGAUAAAGAUAUAGGGAUCUUCAAGGUUCCUUGGGUGCGGGUUGAUAAGCCCGAAUUCGAACUUGAAACCCAUGCAGAAUUGUUCAAACGAUGGGCAAGCCACACAGGGAAGUAUCGCCCCGGAGACCAACCAGACCCAUCCACCUGGAAGACGAGAUUUCGCUGUGCUCUUCGAAAGAUGCAAGAGAUCGUUGAAAUAAAGCGAAUGGGAAAUCUAGAAGGAACUAGACCGUACAGGGUUUUCAAGUUUGAGCCGAAACUGAAAGGUAAAGACAGAAAUUUAUGCCAAAUUUGCGUGCAAAAUAUCUUGCUCCGAGUUUUUUUUCUAUGUUUUAUUUUCCGUGUAACGUAUUUGUUCUGAUUGCAGGUCUGUUUGAUGUUAUUUCGCCUGAGCUUUUGCAAACCUUUUUUUCGUAUACAAAACCGGCUGUAACUUGCCACCAUGUGCUCUUAAAAAGAAAAGAUCUUUUAUCAGUGAAAAGACCAGCUAGAUACGUAGACCUUUGUGAAACUCACUUGCAGGUUAAUUGAUGGGUAGAGUAAUUUGUUAUUAUAUACAAGCAUCGCAGUGUACCUUAUCAAGUCCAAACGUAACUGGUACCUGAACUUUUUAUAGCUUGUCAUUACUAUUCAGACAAGUGAUCAAGCAAUGCGCUAGAAACCUUUUGAAGGAAAUUGGUAAACAAAGCGAAUAAAACCGGGGAAAAAGGCAUCUAUGGUUUAAGCCAAGAGCGAAAAAUGGUCUGGGAUAAACACAGAGAAUAAGAUGUGAUGAUAUGUUUGCCAUUUUCGGUCAAAUGCGGCGGUUACGAGGUCGAAGCGGUAUUAGAAGUUGGGAUUAAAAUAGAAGAAAAAAAGUGGCCUUUCUUGAUGCGGAAAUUAAGAUUGCCAAACACUCAAGUAAAUAGUUAAACACAAGAGGAACAAAAAGUCUUCCUUUAUUGUUUAAAACUUCCUCUCACUUUUUGAUCUUAGUUCCUUAUUCGAAUCCAUGGCGUCGAUUUUCUUUUGAGGCGGCUAUAUUAAGUGUCAUGUAAUUGUAUUAUAUAAGAAUUAAAUAAAGAAUUAAAAAAGGGGGCGAAAAAAGGGGUAAGGAACGUAAGUCUUGAAAAACUGUAUGAGCUUCUUCAUUGCUUUUUCUCACUAACAAAAAACUGCAUAGAAAAACCCAUAUGUUUGUACAUGUUUACCACUAAGAGUUAUCUGCGUUGAAAUAGUGUGUUUAAGGUCGCCAACCUUGCAAACCGCAGCGUUAGACAACAAAGCCUUUCUUUUCGCUACCUCGAUACGCGUGUGUCCCAAUUCUUGAAUUCCGGAGUGUAGAUUUAAAAUAGUGUUUUAUUUACUUCAAUAAGUAUGUUUUAAACUGUUCGUAAAAGAGCCGCAAAAGAACCGAAAUUUAUCUUUGAAAAUAAAAACACGAGCAGUGAUGAUAGCUAGACAAGGGGUGGAUAGAUUCGGCACGUGGGGGGAUGGAAGGCCGGAUGUUAUAAUCACUAAUUCAGUGAAGAAUACAAUAGCCCGAGCAUGGGGAUCUAUAAUUACCAGGGCCUGUUUCUUUAGAAUGGGGAGACAGUGUUGUAUGCCUUUUGCCAGUUUCCAUCAAUUAUUUUUGGUCUGCUUUUCUUUCUUUCCUGUUUUUAAUGUAUCUGCCUAAUAUUUAUUUUAAGAGUCAGAAAAAAAAAAUGAGUGUUUAGAACUUUUUCAAAAACCGCGUGCCAAACUGUUGAUUCAAAACGUUAGGUAACGAUAGCAAAGGUUAUUUGCCAUAUGUGCCUUUUUAAAAGCUUCAACAAAGUGUAUUUAAUUAGCCAUAAUCCGAUUUUCACCUCCUUGUUCCGCACAACAACACGUCAUCGCCCAGCUCCAAUCCUUUUAACGAUAAUUAACUUUAAUGUCUCGUAUCUAAGGACCACCUAAACAGUGGAAUUUGCUGAUAAUAACUUUUAAAGAUGGGAAUCACGUAACUGAAUUUAUAGGCUGGGAUGUAUGACUUGAGAAAUGCUGAGAUUGCGCUUAGUGGACGUCUAAAACGAGUGGAUUGUAAAAACAAAGAUGCCUAUAUCUAGGAAUGUUCGCCGGAAGUUCUAGAAAUCGUGAAAAGCACCCCAUGAAAUUCAGUAACUCCUUGAAUAGGCUCCUGUCGUCAUUUAUUCUUUUAUCUAGCAACACGUGUUUACCUAGACUUUUCUGUUUUGAAAUUCACUUUAUCAUUGUAGAUGUUUUGUUUUGCUAAAUUCCAGUGCAUUGUUCAUUAUCCAAGGUGAUUCAUUGUCUUCAAUGAGGAAAGUUUUUGGGUAGAUUCUUUCGUCGGAUUCCUGCACAAGUAGGGUUAAAUAAACUUAUCCGUGAGAGAUGUGGCUUUUGGUUCUCUGUUCACGUUUCUGUACAAUAUCGCGCACCACUAAUUUGUUGAACAACACACUGUGUAUAUGAAGACAUGACUGUUCUUUUUCGUCCCUAAGGAUAAAAAAAAUAACAUCAAUUGAAUAUUUGGCAUAAUUCGUGGUCGUCUAGAGACAAAGCAAUACUGGUGUUAUAAGAGAGUGAAUUGAUGAGAACGACAGUUUUGCAUGAUUAAGAUCCGGUGGCCGUAUUGUAUAUACUGCCAAGCUACUGAAAUCUGGCCAGAAAAAUUAGAUACAUCAAUCAUUUUUUUAUCCUAAAAGAAAGGUGCAUUAAUGACGAAGCUGAAGCAAAUCGUUCAUUUUUCACCUCAGAAGAGGUUUUUUUUUUAAACUUAUUUAAUUCUGUAUCAAGGUAUUCUUCUAUUAACGAUCUCCUGAGAAAACCAAUGUUCGAUGGCCUUUGCAACCAUAAAAAGUUCUAAGGUGUCCGCUCAUAGUUUCUAAUGUUAGCCUUGAACUCUACGAUGGAGUAGAGAUCUUUCCGUGAUCUGAGCGAAGGACCUGAACUCGCGAGGUGAGGUUAUAUCAGCUAGAUUAAAAGGUCCACAGGAAAUGGGAAUAAUAACUUUUAUUUUGACAUUGACAAUCGUACCUUCAGUUGAUCCGCAAAACUUCAUUCUUUGAAUUGACUGUCAUUUUUAGUUCCUUGUCUCCGUCGGUCUGCUUUACUGCGCUAAAGCUAUUUUCAGUGUUUACCUAAUUUGAACUUCGUUUGCACCCUUCGAGAUGCUCGGUCAGAGCUGCAGAAUUAUUGUUUACCAGAACUGAUUUCUAUUUUCUUUUUCGAAACCUUGUGGACUAGAGAUAGGACGGAGAUUUUGAAAGGUUAAUUUAAGGUUAUCACUGAGUAUCCGAGAGUCUUCCCUAAAAAACUUUUUUUUUAAAAAAUUGUUAUCUAUUAAAUAACGUUUUUCAAACAACAUGAGCACAGUGUAUAAAUGGUUACAGUGGAAACUGUAGCCAACUAAUUUAAGAUUUCACAACAAUUUUCUUAGAGUUUUCUCAGCUGGAAUCAUCCCAAAUGACUGAGUUUAGUUUUGACUUCAAUUGCGGACUUGUACGUCCUUGAAAAAAAAGAAAGAAAAAAAGAGUCGGCUUCAUUUCCUUUCCCCUUCGUCUUAGAACUGAGAUUCAGUUAACAUGCAAUGUUUUUAUUUUCCCCACGGUACUCUGUCUUACAAUAUUAGUUAGAUCGAUAUAGGACGCUAAUAAACAUGACGGAUCUUGUCUUUAACGUAACCAUCCUUGAUUUAUCAAGUGUUUCGAAAUUUAGUACAUUUAUUGAUGAUAGUAAAUUACUCUAUCGUUUUCUUUACGUCAACCAAUAUUCAAAUUCAAAUGUGAAGGAAAGGUUGCAUUUUCUUCACUGACCAGCUUGUUGUUUAAGCCUCCAGCGAAACUAAAAAUGAAUCAUUGAAGAAAGGUAGUUCUUAUGCCAAAAAGUAAUGUGUACAAAGCAAAUUAAUGAAAAAUAAAAAAAUAAAAUAAAAAUUAAAGUUAAAAACGUACAUAUGCCGCGUCGCCAAAAACUUGGGUGCCUGCUACAGAAAUUCGGUUCCAGACAAACAGUGCUACAUCGCAAUUAGACAUUGUAUCGUAAUAUAAUCAUUAUUAAAAAAAAGAAAAAAACAUAUUGUAUUAUCAUUUUAUUUUCUAAAUAAAUAGUCUCAGCAUUAUCUUACGAUUUAUCUUUGGGUGUUAAUCCCUACAUAUUAGUCGAAUUUAUCGCGUUGAAUGAUCUACUGACCGCUACAUUAACAAAGUUCUUCGCUUCCUUAUCUCCCCGUGCCAACAAAUUUUGAAGUCGUAUUGAUGUCAUAAUUAUUAAAUUAAGUUAUUCUCAAGAUGUGGUUUUGUACCGACAUUUUUGUUUAACCAUUGUUUGCACGCACAUUUUCACUUUCCAGAAGGAAAUUCUUCUUCAAAGCGCGGCCAGCCUCGUGGGUCAGCUGGGAGAAGAAGGUCUUCAUCCGAGUCAAGCAUCUCUAUAGAGACAACCGUUUCUGGACUAAAUUUAAAAGGAGAACAGCUUGUUCCAGACUAUCCUCACUGGCGUCACCCUGGCAUGAGUGAAUGGGAUAUUAAUCAAAACACGUCUGAGGUAAAGUUUGAAACGCCUGAGCCAUCACGUGUUUUAAAAUUACUUUAUGGCAUGAUCAACCAUGAAUAUCCCAGCAAGAAAAUGUUAAGUUUUUAGCGUGUAUUGUCUCUUGCGUGCUGUAAUCUAGAGGCUUUAUUCUGGGUAUAAUGGUUGUGCUGGGUUUUGUGGAAUUAUAGGCUGAGAGUGCGGCGGCUUUCAAAUGAAAGCAUAAAUUAAUGGUUAGCCGAGUUCCACCUAGUUUUUGAAGGAUCGAAGGCUUUGACAACUGUUCGUCACAUCCCAGGGGGGACUCCCAUAUAAUAAUAGUGACGGGGAUGCUCUUCGUCUAGCCUUAAAGGGGCGGGGGUGUAAAUUGCAGAUUGUGGCCUCACUUAGGGUGUUUGGGACAGAAAGUCACUAUAUUUUCCCAUUAAGCUAUCGAUUAGAGCUUUGCGUAAAGAAUUUUACAAAAAAAGCCGUGAUGUCUGUUUUACUGUGAUGGUCUCCUUUUGGGGUCAUUUUACGCUUGAGCCACACACACAUUGGUAUCUCUUAGGGGAUUAAUAUCUAACUUUCCGACGAGCAUUCCCGUCACUUUUAUAUAGAAGUCUCCAUGGUGUACACAUAUAGGCUCUCAGUUUAAAUGAAUCCACUCAAGCAAACUGUAUCGAAACACCUUAACUCCUGGAGACAGCCACAACAAACCUCGCCCAAGACUUUACAUGAAGUGCACGUACUAUACAGCCUAACUUAUAUGUUAUUAAUUUAAUGUGUUUCAGCCUUGGUAUUUGGAGAACUGGGACAUGUAUUUUCCAGAGGGCGUACAGAAUGAGUUUGGAUACUUUGAAGGUCCGAGUUUUGCACUUACUAGAGAUCAGGAAAUCAUGUAUUCUGGUAAGAAUGAGUGAAUGCUAAUCGAGACUCGAUUUACGUUGUUUUCUGGAUGAACUCUCAGAGAGAUCCCAGGAAUACCAUGUCACAUCAUCCUUACAAAAACCAAAAAAAAAGAAAGAAAGAAAGAAGGAAAUGCAAGCAAGGUCAAACAGGUUGCCAAUUGAUCGGUUUAUUUCAAAGGCUUAGUUUUUUUCUUUGCAGCUGGUUUUAGAAAAGAUUUUAAUUAGUUAAAACGUUUUCCCUUAGCAGCUUAUAUAUACUCAAACCAUUUGCCUGUAAAUUGCUUUACAGAUGUCCAUGGUACAUGUCCUUUGCCUAGUUAUUUCAUUCAGGAUGGAUUUAAUGCAACUAUGGAAAGUGAGUUCUUGUUCUUGUUCUUGUUUCUCUUCUUCUUCUUGCUUCAGAAUCUGGCUCUAUACAAUUAAGUGCGCGUUCAUUAUGUGAACAACCUUUCUGCAAUGAUCUGUCCAGAUUAGGGCUGCCUCGGUCCCCGAGGACGUCGGAAUGUACAAUUUGAACACAAAGUAAAGGCUUUUUUUUAUCGUUUGUUUUACAGGUUGCUUCUUACGAAGACCCCCAGCGGAUGUCGUAAAUAUAUAAGUUGCUAUGUUACAUUAAGUUAAUAAGUUCUAAUGCGCCGUAACUAGAAACUCAAAGCUUUGAGGGAUGACGAGUUUCAUUUCAUUUCGACGACACCUUAAUUAAGGUCAAUUUCCUACAUUCCUCUUAAUAGGGUUACCACUUCGGCCUUAAUUUUUAGCUAAAUACCGCUAUUUAAAGGUUAAUUAAUUUUAAUAAUCUGUCAUAAUUUUAAAUAAAUUAUGGCAAUAUUAAGAUUAACCAUGCUUUACAGCUACAUCUGUAACGGCGAAAAUUAACCACUAAUAGUUUUUUAAAGACCAUAACGGAUAAACCGAGUUAGAUCCUCUUUGAACUUGCCACGCUACGAUGGUGAUAAUAAUAUGAUGAUAAUAAUAGUUGAGGCCUAUGAAAAAAUAUUAAUAAUUUGUAACUUUUUAAAUCGUUCACCAAGAGGUCUCCAUUUUAAACUAGGGAAAGUUGCUGUUAUAAUAAUUUUUUAGGGAGUUAUUAUGACUCCAAAAAUGGAGUAAAAAUUUAGGUACAGGAUAAACCCUUUUUGGGGGUUACUUUAACUUCUUAUUUAAAUCGAAAUUUGGGAUCAUUUUUUCUUCCUGAAAAAGAGUUCUUUUAACUCCCAGUCUGGAGUUAAAAUAACUCAGAAAAAUGGGGUUAUUUCUACUCCUUACAUAGGUUGUUUUUGGUCUUUUUGGAGUUACGUACUUUAACUCUGAAAGUGGAGUAAAAAUCUUAGGUACGGGAGUAUCUCCUUUUUUGGGAUUAUUUUAACUCCUCAAUAUUAACACCAAAUCUGGGGUGAUUCUUACUCCUGAAAAAGAGUUCUUUAAACUCUCUUUUGGAGUUAAAAUAACUCCCCAAAAAAUAACUCCACUGUAAGGAGUUAAAUUAACCCCACAAAAGGAGUUAUUAAUUGAAAAUUACUGUGUGCCCGGAAGAGUCUCCCAAGUUAAAUACUGGAUUAUGUGCCACCGUGAAGAUAAAGAAAUAAACUAAAUGAUUGAAGAUGAACUGAGCAGAUUGUUCUUUUGUGCAUAUUGUCGUUAAGUCUUGGGUGAGAUCUAUCAGAAAAUCUUCGGACUGAAAAACAACCAGUAUUUUUUGUUGAUGGGAGAGGGCUCCUGAGCACAGGCGGCUCUACCUAUACAGAAAAUAGAAGUACAAGUGUGGUAAGAUACUAAAGCGCAAGGCAUUAAGUAAGCGAGAAAUACCAUCUAAGUAUGUUUCAUUUCAACGAUAGUUAGUAC